AAAGUAAGAUCGAGCCAGCGGUUCACUGAGCUCAGAGAGGUUAGUUUUAUAAGAACCUCUAGACUGACAUUUAUAUCUUUCUGGGAGGUUUCUUUGAAGUUUGACCGUUUAGCUCUCUGUUUUUUUCUUCGAUUUUUCUAGUUUUUUUUUUCUGGGGAGUUGGGAAAUCGAUUUUGUCCAGGAAAGAUUGUGUAGAGUAGGAAUUUGAUGGACUGUACUUGUUCCAACUAUCAUUUGAUUUCUUGCGGAGUGUGCAAACUCUAAGCGGAAGGCAAACUUCUUCUUCCUCUUUAUUCUUUUCCAUAGAUAAUAGAUACAUGGGUUCAUUGUCAGAACCAAACGAUGAGAGCAACUAUAGCAAGCCCCUCGGAAUCAGGUUCUUGGAGUACAUAAAGGGAACCCCCCUUUCCUUCAAAACCCACCAAGCAAUUGUUUUGAUUGUAACAUUUUUGGCAUACGCAAGCUACCAUGCCACUCGAAAAACUACAAGCAUAGUUAAGAGUACCCUUGAUCCUCAGUCAUCAGAUUUUGGAUUGAAGUUCGUACCAUGGAGGGCAUCUUACUUGCAGGAACCGCCUAAGCUUUCCCUGGUGUCUGAGGAUGGUUGGGCUCCAUUUAAUGGAUCAGAUGGGACAGCCUUGCUUGGAGAACUUGAUCUCGCUUUCCUCGCAGUUUAUGCUCUGGGAAUGUACUUCUCUGGACAUUUGGGUGAUAGAAUUGAUUUAAGGAUCUUCUUAACAGUGGGAAUGCUGGGAACUGGUUUGUUUACUUCUCUUUUUGGCGUUGGUUACUGGGGAAACAUACACAGUUUUUACUACUUUUUGAUAGUCCAAAUGCUUGCCGGUUUGUUCCAAUCGACUGGAUGGCCUUCAGUGGUUGCUGUGGUUGGUAACUGGUUUGGAAAGAGCAAGAGGGGGUUAAUUAUGGGUAUAUGGAAUGCUCACACUUCAGUUGGGAACAUUACAGGUUCCCUGGUUGCUUCUGCCCUAUUGAGCUACGGAUGGGGAUGGUCCUUUGUUGUGCCCGGUCUCAUGAUUGCUUUCCUUGGUGUGGUCGUUUUUCUCAUAUUGCCUGUUAAUCCUGAAUCUGUUGGAGCUCAGGGAGAAGGUGACGAGUUUCAUCCUCCCAAGAAACUUGAUGAGGGAGCAGCACAACCUUUGUUAAACUCAGAGACAGUGGCUAAAGAGAGAGCUGUGGGUUUCAUAGAAGCAUGGAAAAUACCAGGAGUUGCUCCUUUCGCUCUUUGCCUCUUCUUUGCAAAAUUGGUUGCUUAUACAUUUCUUUACUGGCUUCCGUUCUACAUUAGUCACACAGCUAUUGAUGGCAAGUAUUUAUCAAGCACAACAGCUGGAAACUUGUCAACAUUGUUUGAUGUUGGUGGAGUGCUUGGAGGAAUUCUAGCUGGCCACAUUUCUGAUCGUUUAGAUGCCAGAGCAAUAACAGCCGCAAGUUUCAUGUACUGUGCUAUCCCUGCUCUCUUCUUCUAUCGAAGCUAUGGACACAUUUCCUUAACCAUAAAUAUUGUUCUGAUGUUCAUCACUGGCAUCUUUGUGAAUGGACCUUAUGCUCUAAUAACAACAGCCGUUUCAGCCGACUUGGGUACCCAUAAUUCAUUGGAAGGGAACUCCCGAGCACUGGCAACUGUGACAGCAAUUAUCGAUGGCACAGGCUCUGUUGGGGCUGCCAUUGGACCCCUAUUGACAGGCUAUAUUUCUUCCACGAGUUGGAGUGCAGUUUUCAUAAUGUUGAUGGCUGCAGCUCUAAUUGCAGGGCUGCUUCUAACCAGGCUAGUCAUAGCCGAGGUGGCUUCAAAGCUAGAGGAAUCGAGGUCGCAUGGAGGGCCUGCAUCAAGACCUGCACAUGAAGUGUAACUUUUUUCUAAAAUGUUGCAGUGGUCAUUUAUGCUGCCUAUGUGUGAUUUCCUCUGCAAGGCGCUCAUAUGCUCGCUCCCUCUGUGGAUUGAAUGCAAAUGAAGAUCCCCUAUUAUAGUCAAAGAAAGGA